CACGGGGCAACGCGCCUCCUUGCGACCGAAAAGAAUUAUCGCUGUCGCCAGAAAGUUGUAGGAACACAGAACAAGUAUAAGCAGCAGUGCCCGGAAGAUACUUUCUGAAAUAAGGUUGUGGUUCCUGCCACGUCUGACGCUCAUAGAAACAUCAAUUAUAAUUUUAACAAUUACAUGAUCCGCUUCCGCAGCAGCGUUCUAAUAGAAAUACUUUUCAUUCAUCUCUAUCUGAAGAUAUUUACUGUCAUCUGUCAAGAAGCGCUCUCCGCUUCGGAGUGUAGUUUCACCUGGUCGCUUGAUAAGUGAAGAAGAAAGGAGGGAGGGCCAAGUCUACGAGAUGCACUUGAGUUUCGGAUGUAGCCGUGUGUGGACGGGUCUACAACGAAGGAGCCCCACUCCGGACCGUCAGGGCACGACAAUGCGGGGCGUACUUCGGUUCGUAGUUUGCCUGGCCAUGCAACAACUCGUGCCACUCACGACCAGUUUGACUUUGGGCCUUGGACGACGGCGCGCAGGCUACCUGGACCGCAUCCGGCAACAGCCCACAGAUAUGGAGUUUCGGAGCAACAACAGAAAGCCGCGAUCAGGCGACGAGAAAAUGGGCAUGGGCUUCGCUAGGCCUCCGGCUGUGUCGCUCAAUGGGCGGGAUCCCGCCGAACUGAAAAAGUUUGCUUACAAUAUGGAGUAUCUGUGGACCACCGUUCUGAAGCACGCACAGUGGCACACAGAGCUGGUCGCAGACGUGUAUCGUGAGGAAAACUGUCCCCGCAUACCUACUUACCCUCAGUCAUGACUCCUCUCAUGUCUGUGUCUUGGCAAAAAUCGCAGGUUGCAUCAAAAGCAAAAAGAUUCAGAUUCUGUUCUUGCCCAGGCAGGCGCAGUCAGUUCCUUCUUAUGUGAUGUAUGAACUUGCGAAUGCUCCAGUAACUUCGAAGAUGUCAACUUUUGUAGAAAGAGGGCGCUAGCAGGGACAGUUGCUCGAGCGAUAGCGGACUUGCAGUACGCACGGGGAAGCUCCGUUCCAUACCGGGGGUCUCCGAUAAAUUGCUGCAGGUGCUGCUACGAUCUGUGGACGCGCAUGCGAAGCGGCUUUUUGACGUGGACUUUCAGGCGGGUGGCGCCGCGGCCACAAACGGACCUACCCUGGCCGGCAAUGUCGAGAAGAUGGCACAAGUUUUGGGCGAGCGGGACGGUGGGGGAGGGCCGUUUCUUAAAUUGCGGCCUGGGCUAAAGUUGGACGGACAGCCUAUCAGCCGGAUACCUGGAGUGCGUUACCAUUGCGACACUAGCGCGUUCUCACGAAUAUAGAAUGGUCGAGACUUGCUAUUAUGCCGUCGAAAGCUGUAUUGACAUUGAGUCCAAUUUGUAAGCCUGCCUGUAUUCUACAGACCUUUUGUUAUGGACGUUUGUUUUUUCUUUUUUAAGUUGCGGCACUUGUGUAUGACGCAGACGCACAGCAUUUGCUACUCCAGUUGUAGUCGCGUCAGCGAUGUCGUAGGUACACGCUUGCUUCAAGAUUUUGCUAUGAUACUGGUUCAAAAGGCGACGGUACGAUGAAGAAAAGAAAUUACUGUAUCACAAUCGCACUACUUUAAGUUUGACUUUUCAAACCCCAAAAUUUAUGCAUGGAGAUGAUAUGAUUAUGGACGUUUUGUUUUUCGAUUUGUCGUACACAGUAGGUUUUCUAGCUGCAGCCGGCACGCAGGAGGUGUUGUAGCUGUCGGAGCAGGCUUCCCCCCAUCAUCAUCAGAUUUGUCUUCUCCUAUUUGAGAUCAUGAACCUGGAGCCGAUCUUCCAGUAGGUCCGCAAUUGUGAAAGACUUUCUAUUUAUUUGCAUACACUGCUUACACCUACAACUACAUGGACGAAGGGCAUAACCUUGCGAAGCCCGACGAAGGGGGCGGGCCCUACUCGGUGUGGGUGAUGGAGAAGCUGCAACAGGACUACAAAGUGUCAGGUGCCCUGUACGACAAGAAAGUUUGGAAUGCAGGUCGAGAAUCCCAGGUGCUGGUGCUCAUCCACGAGUCAUCCCACGUAGCGUUGAGUACACAAGAUUGGGAAUACGCAGAUGGCUUCGGCAAGCAGAGACGUCUAGAGAAGGGAACUCGUAUGUGGCUACCACAGAGACGAGAAAACUAAACUACACUUGCCAUGCUGUGUGUUUCCGAAAGAUGUGCACGUGCUAUUGUGGCGAAAUAUGCAACACAGGCGCAUAUAUUGGUCUUUUCUUUUUGCAUGUAGUAGCCGUGUUUCCGGUGGUCUCUCUGCGGAUGCAGCAGGUUGUGCAAUUUCCACUACUAGCAAGCUACCAAGAAUAUUUUCUGCGAACGGAACGCGCUGCUCAGCACUUCAUUCGGGUCGUGUCAUUCGAGAUUUGGUGACACGACAGCGUUUUCGUGUCAUAAAUGAUUGAGAAGAAGCAAUUGGGCAACGCAGACAGCUACGCGUACUUCAUCGAGAGCGUAGUCUGGUACGUCGUUUUAUCCUUUCUCCUUGUCGUUGUCUCUUGCUGAUGACUUCACAUUGACUUUUGUUCGUCUGAUUUUGAUAUGCAAACCUUUGUCUAGAUGGGCAAUUCUGUACUGAGUGACUAAUCUUGUUUAUCUUUGUACAUCACCUCCAUUUCGAAUAACAGGGACCUUAUCCGCGAGGGUGAUGAAAGCGAUCCAGAGUUCCGGAACCGGGAGGAUUUUUUUCACUGCUAUACCACCGAACAGGGUCGGUUUUUGUUUGACCGCCCGAACAAGACCUACGAAGACGGUAGCCAACAUGAGAGUCAGACCCGAGACGAUGUGCGCUGCUACUGACACCCUAGCCUCCUUCUGAUGCAUCGUUCCACCAAAACUCUAGGGCCAACCUCCAAGAGGUUAGAGCUGCAGCUGCAUGCUAUUGCAGGAGGACGUGGCUGCGCUGAUGCUGGAAAAUAGAAAUACCCAUGGUUGCAUGGCAAGAAAAGAAAAAAAUCAAAGUUUGUUUGUAUUCCUCCUCAUUCGAUAUCACAGUCCUUGGCUGCAGUGCGACAGUUCGUUGUGCCUGACUCGAGUUUUUUUUGUGUGAUAGGAGAAAGUGAUCGCAACGCAGAUCAGGCAAACGUCGGCCGACUGGUCCGGGAAUAUCUGAACCCCAAGGUUUGCACCGGUGGCCAUCCCCGAGACAUAAAGUCAAUGGAUUUUCCAGGUAUAGAGAGUCACCUGAUCACGUUUUGCUACUAGCGAGUCAGUGUAUAGGUACCCGUACAGUGUUAAAGAUAGAAGUACUUCUCAGUCGUCCUCGUCUGAUAUUUGUCCUGCAAGAUUAAGUACUUACAUGAUCACGUGACGCAAGUACUUACUUAGAAGCUAUGCCUUCGUGUUGGCACUGCGAGAGCAGCAGCAGACAGAUGAGAAUCGAAAAUAACUCCUGGACACUACAGCUAUUCCUGGGCCGCUGCAGCCUCGAGAGAUGCGGCGGGCCGGUGUACAGUAUCCCUUUGAUUACCACGUGCAGGACGCGAUCAUCCUGCUGCGACUACAGCUGAUGAAGUGGAACCACCGCGAAGACGCGGAGGCGGGUACGGCAUGGAAAUGAAUCCUAGCGCUGCUCCUGGAGCCGAGACCGCUGCUCGUCACUCUUGUGGAAACUGUGUGUGGUUGUGCAUGUAGUUGUUGCGUGCUCUCUUAGUGAAGGUACGAAUAUGUAAAGCAACCUGGAUAUACGUUGGCGUUUGUUGGCAUAUAAGCAAAACAUAAACAUCUGCAUUGUUUGGCGUUGCAUGGCUCCCACCUAGGAGUAGGAUCGGGAUCAGGUUUUUUUUUCCAUAUUGGACCCAUGUGCAGGGGUGGCCGAAUCUUUUGACUUUGAAUUUCCAGCAUGACAAACGGGACCGGGGGCCUGGAAUGCAGCAACGUGAACGGCGCGGCGAUGCAAGUGGUUGUAGCGUCACAGGAAGCAUCAAGACCUGCGGUGCAGGUGCGGGGCAACGCUAGGGCGGCCAGUCUAAAAUGUGUACAAUGACGGUCAAAAAGAUGCUGUGUGCGCUCUCCUGGUCCUGUCGAAAUGACAUUCUUUCGGUUCUGGUGAGCAGUUUCACAGAGCCAUUGAACCGAAGCCUACUCGGGAGGAGAUAGAAAAUCAGCUUCAGAGAUUUUUCUGAGAAAGGAGAACUGGGGAUGAGAAAAUAGUAGCAGACCAUACUGCGUUCGCGUUGAGCAGUGUUAUUGGCGGAAGCGCU